AUGUCAGGUGUCGGACCCCGAGUCUCCAAGGAAGAAUUCAUGCAUUCUCUGGGCCUGCGGUCUGGAGAUCCCCAGCAUGAACAGUACUACCGUGCCAUGCGAGAUGAAGCAAUCAUGGUCUACAAUCGUUUGCAUCAAGAUAAAUCACAUCUCGUCGACAACGUCCGCGAUGACCCAGACACGCGACCCCCAUUCUUCUGGCACCACAUUCUACCAGACCACCAGCGGUGGGCAAUCAUGGAGAUCUGGCGCAACUCCGGACCCAUGACACGGCCACUAUUUGACCGCGGCGGGACGAACUCCGAGUACGGACCGAACUGGGUGGCUGGGUGGCUGUUGUACAGUGUGUUUCGCUCACGAGAUGUGAGAAACAAUCGGAAUCGACGGAAAGGGGAGAGUAGUGGGAAUGGAGGAGAGUCUGACAAGAGAAUGAGACAGGUUGAGGAGACAACUUCUCCUAAGAAGGGAUACUAUGAUCCUGUGCGGAAUGGGACGCUAUAG